AUGUCCGAAACCGCUCCCGCUGAGAUGGCUGUGCCGGCUCCAGUGGAGAAGUCUCCAGCCAAGAAGAAGGCCACCAAGAAGGGGGCCAGCGCAGCGAAGCGCAAGGCCGCCGGGCCGCCGGUGUCCGAGCUCAUCACCAAGGCUGUGGCCGCCUCCAAGGAGCGCAACGGACUCUCCCUAGCCGCGCUCAAAAAGGCGCUGGCUGCCGGCGGGUACGACGUGGAAAAGAACAACAGCCGCAUCAAGCUGGGGCUGAAGAGCCUGGUGAGCAAGGGUACGCUGGUGCAGACCAAGGGCACCGGCGCCUCGGGCUCCUUCAAGCUCAACAAGAAGGCGGCUUCCGGGGAGGCCAAGCCCAAGGCCAAGAAGGCGGGCGGGGCUAAGCCGAAGAAGCCCGCGGGAGCCACUCCGAAAAAACCCAAGAAGGCUUCAGGCACCAAGAAGGUCGUUAAGAAGACCCCAAAGAAGGCCAAGAAGCCCGCGGGGGCUAACGUUAAGAAGGUAGCCAAGAGCCCGAAGAAAGCGAAGCCUGCCGCUAAGCCCAAAAAGACUGCAAAGAGCCCCGCAAAGCCGAAAGCUGUGAAGCCUAAAGCGGCUAAGCCUAAAGUUUCUAAACCCAAGGCCGCGAAGCCCAAGGCUACAAAGGCCAAGAAAGCGACCAAGAAGUAG